GAGAGCAACGGUGGGUGCCUCGUCUUUGCAGGGCCAUCGUUUUCCCACGUAAGGGCGUCUUUAAAUAGAGCCACAUGCGAUCUCCUCUCCCAACCUCCUCUGUCUCCGUCGUAUAGAGAGGGGUGGACCUUUUUACUCCCAUUAAUUACCCUCCCUCUCUUAGAUUGCCCUCCUCUGCGCUACUUCGCCCAUUUUCCGAUUGCGACACCACCACCACCAACUUGAGGUUUUUCGCCCAUUUUCCGAUUGCGACACCACCACCACCAACUUGAGGUUUUUGAGAGAGAGAGAGAGAGAGAGAGAGAGAGAGAGAGAUAUGGCGAGUGGGAGUGUUGCGGCGCGAGUGGAUCUGGAUGGUCGGGCCAUCAAGCCAUUGACGGUGUGUCUGGUUGGUGGAGGAGGGUUUAUUGGGUCUCACCUAUGCGAGAAGCUGAUGUGGGAGACCCCUCACAGGGUCAUCGCCAUUGACGUUUACAGUGACAAGAUCCAGCAUCUUCUCAAUCCUGGUCAGCCAUGGUCCAACCGCAUCGAGUUCCACAAGAUCAACAUCAAGCACGACUCUCGGCUCGAAGGCCUCAUCAAGAUGGCAGAUCUGACAGUGAACCUUGCGGCUAUAUGCACGCCUGCCGAUUACAAUACCCGCCCUCUUGACACCAUUUACAGCAACUUCAUCGAUGCCCUCCCUGUUGUGAAGUACUGCUCAGAAAACAACAAGCGUCUCAUCCACUUCUCCACUUGCGAAGUUUAUGGCAAGACCGUUGGCAGCUUCCUUCCAAAGGAUCAUCCCCUAAGAAAGGAACCUGAAUUUUAUGUCCUCAAAGAAGAUGCUUCCCCCUGCAUCUUUGGUCCAAUCGAGAAACAGAGGUGGUCCUAUGCCUGUGCAAAGCAACUCAUUGAGAGGCUUGUAUAUGCUGAGGGUGCUGAAAAUGGUCUCGAGUUUACUAUUGUGCGACCUUUCAAUUGGAUUGGACCGAGAAUGGAUUUCAUUCCAGGCAUUGAUGGGCCCAGUGAGGGUGUCCCAAGGGUUCUGGCUUGCUUCAGUAAUAAUCUUUUAAGAGGGGAGCCACUCAAGCUUGUGGAUGGUGGAGAGUCCCAACGAACUUUUGUUUACAUCAAGGAUGCUAUUGAAGCUGUUCUGCUAAUGAUUGAAAACCCAGACAGGGCCAAUGGCCAGAUUUUCAAUGUGGGCAAUCCCGACAAUGAGGUUACAGUGAAGCAACUUGCUGAAAUGAUGACUGAGGUGUACUCAAAGGUGUCUGGAGAACCCAUCCUGGAGGUACCGACCAUUGAUGUGAGCUCGAAAGAAUUUUACGGUGAGGGGUAUGAUGACAGUGAUAAGCGUAUCCCAGACAUGACAAUUAUCAACAGGCAACUUGGUUGGAACCCAAAGACAUCCUUAUGGGAUCUGCUGGAAUCUACAUUAACUUACCAGCACACGACCUACUCACAUGCAGUUAAGCGGGCCAUGGCCAAACCAGUUGCAUCAUCCAGCUAAAAUUGGGAAUUCAUGUGUUUCAUCUUUCUCUCAACCCUGGGGUUGGCUAUUUGUUAGCACUAGUAUUCUCCUUAAAUCUUCGCUAUACAUAAUUUUAUAUUAAUAUUUUGAGUGUUGGCAACUGUUUCUGGCCCCUAGCCCUUUUUAACUGUUUGCAGGCCCCUGUAAUUUGUACUAUAUAACAUCCGUAAUUUUGCAUUUUUGUUGGACUGAUACCCUUUUUUGAACCAUUCGGUUGUAAUGAAAAAGAAGGCUUUGAGGUGAUGAUGUCUUGUAUUGCUGCUCAAGGAAUGUUAUUUUAAAAUAAUGAUGGAGAUUAAUUAAA